UUGUAUGUACGUAGUACGCGCCACAAGUGUUUGCAAUUGAUAAAGAAGCAGCAGUACGAGUAUCUUCAUCAGCAGAGCAGCAGGAGUACAAGGGGAUCACCAUCCGUCCAGUCAUCCAUCCAAAAUGCCGCAGAGCCCCACAACGAAUUGGUCGUUCCAGCCGCUCCACCGCCAGCGCAGUGGCAGCGGGUACCACCAACAUGUCCUGAACACGGUGCCGGAGACGGCUAUGCUGACAACGCCCCCGCCAAUCCGUAAACCGCUCACAAUACAAAUUGCUGGCGUUGCUGAGAACAAACGCAGAUACAUCCCAGCGCGGAAAAAGCCGAAGAGCGCAAUGAAAAUGCUCGUGGACACGGAGCGGGAGGAGGCCCUGAAUCUGCAAAUUGAAUUCGAAUGGGUGCUGCGGCAAGAAGUACACGCGAUAUUGAAACAACUGCGAACCAUUCUGGUGGAGUGUGCGCAUCGAUUUCCUGUGCCGCUCUACGAAAAUGAGGGAAAGAAGACUGAAAAGUUCAUACUCACCGUGUCGCCCGAUCAGCUGAAGGCGGUCCUAACCCUAACGGGCGAUGCCAUAACACAGGCGGAUAUUAGCUUUAAGCUGUGCAAAGCUCCAAGCCAAACGCAACGUACCUCAAUCACACAAGACUCGCCAUGGAAGCUGCAGCAGGUUCAGGAUGCCGCUAAUCAUCUACAGACAGCAAUCAAUCACAUUGACGACGUUGAUGACUCUUAUCACUUCAAAACCUCCGAUGAAGUACUGCAUGUGAUAGGCAACAUUCUGGAUGCGUUGCAGCGGGGCCGCAAUAGUCUGCUGGUGCCUAAGAAGAAGCCGAUCGACGAGCUCAUCAAGGGGCGCAACAUGAAGUCGCUGGUGCCCAACCUCCCCGAGGAUCUGGCGGUCAGCUUCUAUUUGCAAAGCCACAAGCUCAUCAUUGCGGUCUAUCAGCUGCUUAACAACCAGGGCACGAUGCGGUUCGACUCCCGGCAGGCCGAGGCCUCUGUACAAUGGCUUAACGAUGUGCUGCUGCUGCUGAUGAAUGGCCAGAAACUGUGCCAGCAAUUAAAAGACAAGAUUUCUGUGUUUUCGGUGUAUAAAGAUUUCACAGUCGGCUCCCGGUCGCCCUCGGCAUUGUCGUACUGAAUUUCAGGCUGGCAGACAGGAUAGCAGGCUGGAAGGAUACCCUAGAUACCCUACCCGAAAACUGUGGAAUGGCGACAAAAAACAAUAACAACAAUAAUAGCUAAUAAAGAAUCGUACGUGUAAUAGCAAAGUAAAUAAUGUUAGUUGAAAUGUUGCUACUGGAAACGGCACGCCCAUAAUAGCUAUGCGUACUAUAUACAUAUACUUGAAAGCAUACAUACAUAUAUACUUCUAUAUACACAUAUACACGACAACAUACAGCUAGUUUAAUGUACACAAUCAGCAUUCAUGUUAUAAUACUAUUACUAUUACUAUAACUAUAACUAUUACCAUACCAUGGAAUUUGAGUUGAGUUCAGAAUUCAUCGCUUCACGUCACUCCAAUUAUGCAUCAAAAUGCAUCUAAAUAGCAUUAGAAUGAUAAAUGAAAACUGAGAUGUGUUUUUUUUUUGUAUAUUUAACUAUUGAAAUUGAUAGAUAAUUAUAGUCUAUUCAUAUGUGUAAUCUGUAAUCUGUAAUCUAAUGUUAAUUUACCCCGUAUCCCACUAUUUAUGUUUGCCCGCGCAAUGUAAUCAAUGCCAGCAGUGCAGUCAAUACAGUCCAGUCGUACAGUACUUAAGAGGGAGUUACUUAUCUACAACUAUAUACAGCCGCAUAUAGCAUAUAUUGCAUAUAUGAACUUACAUUUACAUUGGCAUUUACAUGAUAUUGCUGUAAUAAACCAAACCGAAAUGUGAACAGAAUUUUUAAUUGUACUAAACACCGUUUUGUAUUCGUAUUUGUAAUCGUAAACGUAACCGUAUUCCGUAUACCUGUUGUAUAUCUGUUGUUAAUGGUUAAGUGCACCUAAUCCUAAACUCUAAUCCUAACUCGUAAUCCAAAGUCAUUUGUAUCGACGGCCUUUUACUUCUCGUUUACCCUAAUGUUUGUAACCUGAAGAGUUUGUAAAGAGAGAAACGCAACGAAAACAAUUAUAACUGUA